AUGGGAUCCUUGCCGAAUAAAUUGAAUUUCCCGGAUGAUAUUCGAGUUGCCGGGGUUGCAUUAAUGACACUUCACUUAUCAAAUAAUGAAAUAGGCGAUAUUGGAAUGGAACAUUUAAGCUAUGGAAUUCAAACUAACAGGGUAAUUCGUGCACUUGUUCUUUCAAAUAAUCGAAUUGGAGAUAUUGGAGUACAACACUUAGCAAAUGCUCUUCAAAAUAAUACAACGAUCACUGACUUGAAUCUUUCUGGAAAUGAUAUUGGAAAUAUCGGUGCACAAUAUUUAUCUGCCGUUUUACAAAAUAAUACAACAAUAGUUAUGCUUGAUCUUUCUAAUAAUCAAAUCGAUGACAUUGGAGCACAUCAGCUCUAUGAUUCAUCGAAAAAGAACAAAACAAUCACUAAACUUGAUCUUUUGGAAAAUCGAAUCGGAGAUCUUGGUGUACAAUGUCUUGCUGAUGCUUUGCGAACGAACACAACACUGGUUACACUAGUACUCAGUGAUCCACUUAAUAAAAAAAAUCAAAUCAGCGACAGUGCAGCACAAUAUUUAGCUGAUGCUUUACAAAAAAAUAGGGUACUAUAG